CCAGAGGAUAUCAGAAAAGUUGAGAAAAUUUUGCAUCUUUUAUUGUGGUUUAUGAAAAAUUGUGUUUUUAUCAACCACGAGAUAUAACAUUCCAGUCGCCUAAAGUAGAGGAACGAUUAUAUUUUAGCUAACAACUAUUUCCGGUGUGUUAACAUGUGAAAACAAUUUGGUUGUUCCUAGUCAUUUAUAUUGGAAGUGCAGAAAAUGAGAAUAAAUUAUACGAUGAACGAGUUGAAUUAAGGAAAGCUAACUACUGAGGCAGAUUGACAUAUAUUUUACAACUGUUCAAGCUAAAUUCAUAGUAGUGUACCGAUCAAGUAAAGGUUCGGAUUUGCUGUUUGAGAUUCCAUCAGGUUGCGUAUAGUAAACGGUUCCAAAAUGCUAACACAUAAAAACAACCAAGGAGGGCGUAAGAAAAUGCAAGUGGCUUUCGUCAUACGUGAUGCAGAAGAAAAGCGACACCGUAAUGGAGUAAAUGCACUGCAACUGGACACAAUUAAUGGUCGGCUCUAUUCGGCCGGAAGGGAUGCUAUUAUACGUUUAUGGAACUCGACGCAAACUACCUCCUCCGAGCCGUACAUUCAAAGCAUGGAGCACCAUAACGAUUGGGUGAAUGAUAUCGUCUUAUGCUGCGGUGGUCGUAACUUGAUAAGCGCAAGUUGUGAUACCACAGUGAAAGUUUGGAAUGCACACAAAGGUUUCUGCAUGUCGACUUUGCGUACACACAGGGAUUACGUACAGGCGCUGGCAUACGCCAAGGACCGGGAGCAGGUCGCCAGUGCCGGAUUGGACAAAGCCAUUUUUCUGUGGGACGUAAACACACUCACAGCAUUAACUGCCUCCAACAACACAGUAACAACGUCCAGUAUAUCGGGAUCAAAGGACUCCAUCUACAGCUUAGCAAUGAAUCCAUCUGGUACAAUAAUUGUGAGUGGAUCGACGGAGAACACGCUUCGAAUUUGGGACCCACGAACCUGCAACAAGAUAGCAAAGCUAAAAGGGCAUACAGAAAAUGUGAAAGCACUAAUUGUGUCGGAGGAUGGCACGCAGGUCGUGUCUGGCAGCUCGGACGGAAAGAUUAAACUUUGGAGCAUCGGGCAGCAGCGUUGCAUUCAAACAAUUAGUGUGCAUUCGGAAGGUGUCUGGUGUUUGCUGAUGACCGAUGGUUUUUCACACGUCAUUUCCGGAAGCCGAGAUCGUAAGAUUAUCAUGACCGAGCUGCGCAAUCCGGCUAAUAGCGUUCUAAUCUGCGAAGAGCAAGCACCCGUGCUGAGCAUGUGCUACAACAUUGACCAGACAGGCGUGUGGGCUACCACAUGGAACUCGGACAUUCGUUGUUGGAAGCUCCACAAAACGGAUAAAUUAUGCAACUAUAGCUACUCGAACAGUUGCAGUAGUAUUAACAAUGGUAGCGGAGAUGGUGCAUCCGCCUCUGUUGUGCCGGCACCGGCAUCUAACAGUAGACCGGCUACGUCCGUACCGGCAGGAACCGUAACAGCGAACGUCGGUAAAGGAUAUGAGGUGGCCUGCAUUAAAGGUGGAGCCGCUAUCAAACGAUAUCACGUGUUAAAUGAUAAGAGAUUUAUGCUUACCCGCGAUACGGACGAAAACGUAGCCAUCUACGAUGUGUUAAAGAUUAAAAAGGUCGAAGAUCUCGGGAAGGUGGACUUUGAGGAGGAAAUCAAAAAACGUAGUCAACGAAUUUAUGUGCCGAAUUGGUUCAUGGUGGAUUUAAAAACUGGUAUGCCAAUGAUAGUGCUGGGACAGGAUGAGAUCGAUUGUUUCGCGGCUUGGGUUUCGGCGGAAGCUGGACUUCCAGAACAUGCAGAACCCGGAUCCGAUCCGAAAGUGAACUAUGGCAGUUUGUUGUUGCAAGCAUUGCUCGAGCAUUGGAGACCUGCACCACCCCAUCACCACAUUCAGGGCGGACCGGUGGAAUUGGAAAAUGGUUGCGAUGGUGACAUACGUGGCAACGAAUACUUUAGUGUGCCGAAGCAUACGCCAAUUAUUUUUAGUGAAGUCGGUGGCCGAAAUGUGUGCCGGCUGCUUGUUAAAGAUGCUGCUGGAGAAACGGAAAGCGCGCUGCUGAAUGAUACAGUCCCGUCCUGGGUUACAAAUGUGGUUAUUGAUAGGACGCUACCCAAGUUUAUUAAGCUUCCAUUCUAUCUUUUGGCACAUCCAUCAAUGUUGAAACAGGAUCGCAACAAGAAGGAACGAUUGAUAGCGAACGAAUUCAUCCAAUGUCGAAAAGUUUGUGAGCAUGUCCUGGAGAAGGUGCUGGGGUCAGAUUUGCCAACGGCUGGAAGCACCGGCAAUUCAAACUCCUCGCAAAACAACAGCCAAAGUGAUGGUAAUUCCGAAAGCAGUCAAAUACCGGCCGAGGAACGGAUAGAGUUGUUAUGUAACGAGGUGUUAUGUGAUCCCAAUAUGGAUCUUCGCACGGUGAGGCAUUUCAUUUGGAAGCAAUCAUCUGAUUUAACUUUCCAUUAUCGAACGAAAUUCAACUAAAAAUGGGGCUAACGCUUACGACAUCAUGGAUGUUAUGUGACAUGAUCGAAAGAAUACAUAUUGUUUGUACAUGUUCCAUGCCAAGUGAUGUGGAAGAAUGUAAAAAAAUGAUAGUAAAGCUAAAGUAUGCAAUAGUCACAAAAAUAAAUGGC